AUGCUUUAUAGCUUAGGCUUCGGUCCGAUACCUUUUACGCUUGCUUCUGAGAGCCUCUCCAAAGUCGCACACAAGACCAAAGUAAUGAUUCAGGGAUGUUCUGUCGCCAUCUCAGUCAACCUGUUCUUUGCGGGCAUACUAACGAUCGUCUUCCCUGCCGUCAAUGAUGCAUUGAGCUCGUGGGGUACGCUGGCGCUGUUCGCUGGCCUCAAUCUGGUGGCAUUUGCGUUAGUUUUCUUGCUAGUGGAGGAGACCAAGCAAGUGAGUUUUGAAGAGUUGAGUCUCAUCUAUGCGGUGUCGAAGAAGAAUUUUGUACGGUUCCAGCUCAAGGAGCAUUUGCCGUAUCUGGUGAAGAGAUAUCUGACACGCACUUGGAAUGGCGGCGACCCACCCAACUUCUACACAAAGGUCAUUGACGGUUCCUAUGCUCACGAGAUGGGUCACGAGAUGGCAACAAUGCGACGGGAUGAGUCGGUGGAUAAGUGA